GGGAACGAGCUAGCUUCUGAGUUUCCCACGAUCGGAGCGACUCACACCUGGGGCAGCUAUAAAAGCCUCGCCCUUCCAUUCGCCUCUUCAUUCACAGUUCGUGUGUCUAACUCUCCAGUGCGUGCUAUCGAGAUGCUUUCCGUCGAAGAGCCCCAGCCGAUCUCCCGGACCUACCAGUACCGGAAGGUGAUGAAGCCGAUGUUGGAGCGCAAACGGCGCGCCCGCAUCAACCGCUGCCUCGACGAGCUGAAGGAGCUGAUGGUGACGGCGCUCCAGAGCGAGGGCGAGAACGUGUCCAAGCUGGAGAAGGCCGAUAUUUUGGAGCUGACAGUGCGCCACCUCCACAAGCUGCGCCGCCAGCAGCGCCUCUCGGCGAACCCCGUCGUGGACGCCGACCGCUUCCGCGCCGGCUACACCCACUGCGCCAACGAGGUGUCCCGGUGCCUGGCCUCCAUCCCCCACGUGGACGUGCAGCUGGGCACCAAGCUCAUGACGCACCUGGGGCACCGCCUCAACGAGAUGGACAAGGUGGCGCCGCUCGUCAUCCAAGUGGCGUACACGCCCCCGGGCUCGCCCGCCCCAACUGUCUACUCCAUGCCUCUGACGCCGGCCUCCUCCCAGGCGCCGUCGCCCAACCAGCCCAUGGACUGCUCCACCGCUGGCCUUCUCAAAGUCGCCCACAAGACCGACGAUGUGUGGAGGCCGUGGUGAAUUUUGUACAUUGUUGGUGGAUAUCUCACGACGUCUUUCACUACCGUUUGCUCAAUAUGUUUAGCUUUAGGAUAGGUUAGAGAUGAUCUCGAGGAUGAAAGCUUUAAAUUGUUGAUAUUUGUGAUAUUUAUUGUUGGUACCUGUGAUUAAGGCUUGAUAAUCAAAAUGUUUGCGCCUUGUUUAUUAAUUAAUCAAUCACUACUGUGAUAAGCAUGUUUGUAUUUUUGAUACGAGAGGAAUUUGAAUAAAUACGACUGUUAAUUGA